AUGAACAUUGUUGCUUUUACCAGUGACGGCCGUCAGUCCCCAACCUUGCCGUUUCCCGAGGAGGUCGAGGAAGUCAAGACGCCCGAGCUCAAGGCCGCUUUCAAGAGCUGCUUCGGCGAGACGUGCGGGCACCACAACGAAAAGGGCUUCGCCUGCCACGCCGGAUGCGCUGCCCUGGCUGAGCGCCUCGGCCUGACCCCCGCGGAAUAUCUCCCCGCCCUUGCCUACUCGUACGAGCCUCCCAAGUCGGACGAGAGGCGGCGCCGUGAGCUCGUGCGCUUCCGUUUGCAGCAGGCCCUCAAGAGGAACCUCGGGAGGCUUCCCACUGAAGUUUGGGAUUAUGUGGCGAAGGAUCUUGUUUGUGAGUUUGCUACCGUCGCCAUCCCGGUUGUCGAGCCAAAGACGGUCUUUACUAUUGACCCUCUGGAGGCUGUGUGGGCAAAGUACGUCGACAUUGAUGGCGUCAAGUACGUCAAAUCCGUCUCGAAUGAACAUAAACCUGGGGAUCGGCUGCUCUGGGAUAAACCCAAAUCCCCAACUGCGCAUGUCGUCUACAUCGCGGAGGACCACUUGGGCAUCAAUGAGAUCACCAACCACCCAAAAUCUACGCAGUCGGCUCAGAGCAAGGGAGUCUCUACUUGGUGGCGUACCGUUCCAGCAGAAGACUCAUCGACGAUUGACUUCAAGACUGAUGGCGUAAAGCUUAGAAGCUUUUCGGCGACUACUCUGCUUCCAGAGGUCAAGUGGCCGUACCCAAUGACGCCAGAUGAGAUCAACGGCAUGUCUCUUUACUAUACCAUGCUCGAUCGUGAAGCCAAAUUGAUACCCGUGGACAUCAAUGCACCGGAUACGAUUGGAUACUCUGUCGGUUGGCAUUACGGCUGCGUCUAUCUUCACGCACACAAGCGUGGAGAAAGCUUCGAUUUCUACCAUGAGCUAGACAUGAGGCAAACAGACGUGGAGACUAAAUCAGCGGCAGUGGAUGAAAACGAAAGACACGAGCCUCAUGCCGUCAAGGUGGCUCGGAUGGCAGAAGAGUCAGAUAUCGAGUGGAGAUACCAUCCCUUGAACGCAGGAGAAGCUGUUGAGCAGGUCUGGAUUCGACAGCCUCAGAAGCUCCCACAGGAUGAGGACGACGCCGACAACAGCCCGUAUGGUCCCCGAUAUCUAUGGUCUGACUCUCCUCGCGACAUUGCCAUAGGGCUCGUAACCAACCAGUCACGCACAUUGGUAUCAGGAUUGCAUGACGAUAUCCCACAAGACAGGUUUCCAUGGCGAUGCAUCGCAAAAUCGUCGACAGCGUCUCCAAUGCGCAUCUUUUUUAGCUACUCCCUCAGUGGUAUCAACUUGUUUGCUGCGCCAAAGAGCAUCACGAGCGGCGAGGAGCCUCCCGAUGAUCUAUAUGAAGAGGAACCUGACAACUAUUGCUUGUAUGGCUAUGACUUCCAUACGAGUGCGUCCCUUGAGAAUGUCGCACAAGUCGUGACGUGCAAGGCCAUCGAGUGCGUCGUCAUCAACCAAGGGAAGCCUUGCAUCAACGGCCUCCUCUUCCGGUACAAGGACGGCAGCGAGAGAACGGUUGGAAAGUUCCGGCUCGACUGCGCCCAGCCGCCGAUUUCCUUUGGUGAGUCUCCGACACUAUUCCUAGGGAUUGGCAAGUGCGGAUCGCCGACGCGGGAGGAUGAGCAUGUUGUGGACGUCAGACUCUCGGCCCCUAAGGAUCGGGGAGAGUUGAAGUGGAUGAAGUUUUCAGCCAAGGAGCCUCUUCAGUGGUCGUGGAGGCAAUGUUGGUCCAAGGUUUCGUCUCCUUCUAGGGAGUACGGACAUUCUUCUGACCGCGAGGAACAUGACUGA